AAUUAAUCAUAAGUAAUCGUACAAUCAUUCGUCAAAAUAAGAUGAUUUUACUAUUUUUUUCAUUCGAUGAAAAACGUUAUGCUGCUACUAAAAUAAUCAUUCAUACUCGCGUUCUUACGUCUAUGACUUGCCAUUAACUUGUUUAUAAUUCAGUAUCCAUCUUUCCAUGGUUACCCUGCUAACAUUUUUGAUAAACUUUUCAAUGUAUCAACCAAACAAGUUAUUACAUCAUGCAUUAGAGGCAAAGAAUCGCGUGAAAGAUCCGUUCCUUUGAGCCUGCUCGUUCGCCAACGAUCCAUCACUAGUUUUGACAAGCCGAGUGGGGAGGGAAAGAAGCCAUGGAGGAGUGUGUGUUGAGGAGGAGGAGGAGGUGGAAGAAGAGUGGGUCAGUCUGUAAUAAGCAUCACGACGAGGCAGGCUCGCUGUGUUCCUUUCAUCCGUACUUGGUUGUGUUUCGUCGUCCGUUGAGCAGUCGACUGGCUCGCUCGUGUGCAACGCUAGCCUUAGCUUUAGCCUAGUCCUGCCAUUUCUUUUUUUGUUGGAGGUGGCGGCGGCGGCGGUGUUGUUGUGGGGGAGAAAAGUUUUCAAAUGAGGAGUCAACAGCGGCUAAGUCGAUGGCGACCAACCGAGAAGACGCGCCGAACAUGUCCGCGUCGAAUUUGAGGUGCUCUUAGCUGUGUUACGACGCGAAUAUGGCUCACGUGGUGGAAUUUAAAAGGGAGCUGUCACUAUAGUCCAGCUCGCCAGUUGGACAAAAGAGACUGUCGCUUCGACCAAGCUAUUUGGCCGGCCACCACCUCCAAUCCCUCCCGAGUGAGGCUCGGCUUUUUAGCUGUGGGGCUCGCAGGUGUCUUUUUGAACAAAAUGGCAGCGUACAGUAGCAUGCUAACAAAGCGACGCUUUGUUGCGGGAUAGGGCCAAGCCAGCCCCAGCCAGGCUGCGCCGCAAAGGGGCUUGCUCACGCCGAGCUCAUAGAAGAUACUUGAGGGCUGUUGUUUGCUGUCGAAAGAGGACUUACUGAGGGGGGAGACGAGCCAUCGAGCCUGAUGACAUUGGACAACAUGAAGCCCGAGAGAGUCAACUGGGAUCAGCUCCAGAGCCCCACGACCUCAGCCAAGAUGAGUGGUCUUGAGAAUAGAUGGAUCGAUGGAGAUACAACAGAGGAGUUUUUCGAGUAUGACACAGAGGAGUUCCUGGUGUUCCUGACCCUGCUCAUCACAGAGGGACGGACGCCGGAAUAUUCGGUGAAGGGCAGGACCGAGGGGCUGCACUGUCCACCUGCUCAGUCGGCCAUGCCGCCCCUUCACAAGCAUGAAUGCAGCGAUAAACUGCCACAGUGUCGGCAGGCACGUCGGACCCGUUCAGAGGUGAUCCUCCUCUGGAAGAACAGCAUCCCCAUCAUGAUCGAGGUCAUGCUCCUGCCCGACUGUUGCUAUGGUGACGAAUGCCCACCAAGUGACCCCAUCAGUGACCCAGUCAUCAAACAAGAUGCAUUGUUGCUGGAGAGAUGGACAUUGCAGCCGGUUCCAAGACAAAGCGGUGACCGUUUCAUAGAGGAGAAGACAUUGCUGUUGGCUGUGCGCUCGUAUGUUUUCUUCUCACAGCUCAGCGCCUGGCUUAGUGCCUCCCAUGGAAUCGUCCCCCGAAACAUCCUAUACAGAAUAAGUGCUGCUGAUGAGGACUUGGUGUGGCAGUUCUCACAACCACCAUCUGAGCACAUAUUCCCUGUCCCCAAUGUGUCCCAGAGUGUUGCAUUGCAGGUCCGUGUGCAGUCGCUGCCCCGCCAGCCCACCUAUCCCACGUUGGCCUGCAGCAUCCACACUGGCCUGCCCCCACUCUACAGCAAGACCCCCAGCCUCAACCCAAACUUCAAUAGCCAUGGUGGCCAGCCCACCCUCCGAAAAAUUCAGGAGCCCAACAAAGAGACCCUCCUCCACAGCUCCAACAUUUACAGCAAGAGCUCCAGCUCUGUGUCGGGCCGCCUUAUCAAUGGAAUGCCCAUCCCCAAUCUUCCCAUCAACAAUAUUCCCAUCAACAUGGCCACGCCACUCCCCUACAGCAAGAAGAACCAGGAACCCAUUGAAAAACGCACAUAUCAGAAUGGAGAGCUCCCGCACGUCAAUAUCCCCCAAAGUCAGGACCCCCCACUGUUGCAUCGAUCCUCCCGCUCACCCACACCCUCACACUCCCAUUCCCCUUCUCCACUCCCGGGGAAGUGGCUCUACUCGCCCCUUAAUGGCUCAUCGGAAUCCCCGCCAUUAGAAGAUUAUGGGUGCAGCACCAACAGUUGCGACAGGCCAAAAGCACCCCUCCCCGAGCCGCUGCGAACCUUUAAGAGUUUCUCAGUGGCUGAGCCUGGCCGCUGCCCAUCGCCCCGGUCCACGGCAAAUGAAACAAACCCGCUCAUUGGCUCACUAUUACAGGAGAGACAGGAAGUUAUAGCCCGCAUCGCACAGAGGCUCAACUUCUGCGACCCCACAGCGCCGCCGCUUCCCCCAGCCCUUUUUGCCACGGACAACUCUCCCAAAGCCACGUGGGGUAGUAGCCAUGAUGACAUGGUGGCCAGUAAGACCAAAGAGCCAGAGGUACUGCCCUAUGAGUGUGUGGGACAUGCUCGGCCCUCUCCCUUCCACACACCCUCCACCACCACCACAUCUUUCCACAAGCGGGAAACCUCCCCGAAACCUGCAGUCUGCAGGAAGUUGAGGCUGACUGAGAUGAGAGAUGGGAGCGCAGAGAGUGAGCGAGACAAGGAGAGAGAGAAGAGUGGCGAAAAGGAGCGAGACGGCUCCCUCAUUGCUCAGGCAGUGCACGACAUUACUCGACUCAUCCAGGAAAGACUCUCUGUUCCCUCGCUGUCGCCCAGCCACAGCAGGUGCGGCAGCCCUCUACACCACACGCACACAACAACGGUCACGCAAACAAUACGCACAUACUCGCACCCCACACAUGUCCCACACACUUCACACGACAGCUACACCAAUGGCCACAUUCACAGCCAUGAACCUAGCAGGGGCCUUCAAGCCUCUGUCCCAUACAUGCCUCUUUGCACAAACAAAUCCCAGCUCGACCCGGGGACCAAUUGCCAUCCUCCUCGGGCCCAAAAUGGGGCCCAAAUUACACUUGAAGAACCUUCACUCAGAGGCCAGUUCCAUGCUGGUCCACGUUUACGAACUCCCACCCAGGAAAAGCUCACAAUCAACACAACCAGCAGUCAUAUUUUUCCUCCCUCCCCGGCGAAUGGGCCUGGCAGUGCCCUGCCCUCCAGUCAGACCUGCAAGGGAUCCACCUUCAAGUGUAACACAAUCCAAAACCACAGCAAGCCUCAGUCACCCACACGGGCUGAUGCUUCAGCCCAGAAUGAGAACCAAACACCGAGACAGUUUCCAGAACUGUCUCCCCCACCUACUGUCCUGCGAAGUCAUGGACCCUAUCCCUUGGGGCCCUGCAACGGCUGGAGGAAACAGAAUCGCCACUCGUUAGACGCCACUGCGACCAAGGCCUUCCAUCCCUGCACUGGCCUGCCCUUGCUCUCCAGCCCUGUUCCACAGAGGAGAAACCAUUCUGGCUACUUUGACCUGGACACCUCUCUGGUUGGUUUUAAAGGCUUACCCUGGGCCUCUGGGAAAAGGGUGUGCCCUAAGGGAGAGGAGUACACAGGUGAUGCUCAGCAGCUGUUCAGUGCAAGUGCUCCACCUGCCAGUCUCAGUCUAUUGGGAAACUUUGAGGAGUGUGUGUUGAACUACCGCCUGGAGCCUUUAGGGACGGUGGAGGGUUUCACUGCCGAAGUUGGCGCCAGUGGGUCCUUCUGCCCCAGUCACCUGACCUUACCUGUGGAUGUGUCAUUCUAUAGCGUCUCAGAUGACAACGCCCCCUCACCGUAUAUGGGUGUGAUCAACCUGGAGUCCUUGGGGAAAAGAGGCUACCGAGUACCUCCAUCAGGAACCAUUCAAGUGACCUUAUUCAACCCGAACAAGACAGUGGUAAAGAUGUUUGUGGUGAUGUACGACCUGCAAGCCAUGCCAGCCGGAAACCAGACCUUCUUACGCCAGAGGACUUUCUCCGUCCCCGUCAGGCGAGACUCGAACCAUCAGAUCAACAGGAAACCCCUCCCUUUGGGCCAGGCGCGCACUCUGCGCUACCUCGUUCAUCUGAGGUUCCAGAGUUCCAAGUCUGGGAAGAUCUACCUCCACAGGGACAUCCGUCUUCUGUUUUCGAGGAAGUCCAUGGAGGUGGAUAGCGGUGCUGCCUACGAGCUACAGUCAUUCACCGAGUCCCCCAUUGACCCGCCAUUCUCACCCCGUUGCUGACUCGCAGCUAACCCCAUGACCCCCCCACCCCACCCGUCGUCCCUCCUCCGCUUGCCAGAUCGUACCCACACCUCUAUGCCGGUCAUGAGUCAUUGUGUCCGCCUGUUGGAAGAGAAAUCAAAGGACAGCAGAUGAUGGAGUGCACCCCCGUGUGGGACGCUUGUUAGAAUGGAAUUCUCUGUUGACGUGCAUGAACUUUGUUCUGACUUACAGCUGGAGCGUGCAGGGUUUUGAAGUCUUGCUAGAAAAUGCCUUACAAGAUUUAAAAGGUAAUUAUUGUGUAUUUGAACCCCCCCCCCCCCAGCGUCUGGCAGGAGAGCUGAACCCAAUGAUUGUCCACAGGACCAGUUGGACUCUCAACUGUGCAGUUUGUGCUCCAGUCCCCAAACUAGAAUGUUGAUUUUAACCUCAGUCACAUAAUGAAUACAUGUUGAAUCUCAGUUACUUGACAAAUGCAAUACUUUGCCUUUUGAAUGAGGAAAACAAAUCUUGGCUUGUCAAAUUGCAGCUUGUUUGACAGUAAAUUAAGAAUCAUUUGGAUUCAUUAGCCACUUUUGGCUUGCCUGUCUAAGAUGGCUUUUUCAUGUCCCACUUCACUGGGUGUUUUGUUUAAAAGGUGAUUAGAUGCCAGAUCUUCUGUUAAGAUUCUGUAGCAACAAAUUUGCAGAAUCUCUUUGUAAAAGAGGCUAAUGAUUUGCAACCUUGAAGCAGCUGCGUCUCUUACUAAAGAGGAAGUGGCCUACAGAGGAGCCCCCACCCCACCACACCCCCAAUCGUCACUUCCUCCACCCCACUUCAAAAAAAGGACCACCGAAGAAGUCCACCAUGCAAUCACACUGAAUUCAAGUGAACUUAUCAUGGGAGAAAUCUUCAGAAAUGCACUGUGGAUUUGUUUUUUUGUUUUUCCCUUGUCCAAACUGGAAAAAGAAAGCGGAAAAUAAUUGUCAUACUUUUUUGUACUGUUACAAACACCAAUUUAUUGGAAGUGUUGCAAUAGAGUAAGAGUAACCUUAGUUUUAAGUGUUUACUUUCAGUUUACGUAACCAUCCCGUUUAUUUAAUAUUUAAAUUAAUAUUUCAUUUCUUUGUGAUGUCUGUCAUGCCAAGAUGGUUUAGUGUAAACUGUAUAUCAUAGUAUUUUUGACAUUAAUAUUCAAAUCUGAAAAAAAUAUAUCUAUCUUCUAAAGCAAUU